AUGCUGCUCACUUUCUGGACCCUGCUUUUUUCCUUCCUCCUAACCACUGCCUCCGCCGCUGCCGGAAGGGAAUAUUCCGGCGAAGAGGCGCCACAGCAGGAGGCUGACAGAGUGAAGAACUUGCCAGGACAACCGCCGGUGAAAUUCAGACACUACGCUGGUUAUGUCAAGCUAAGGCCAAAUGAAGAGAAGGCAUUGUUCUACUGGUUCUUCGAAGCUCAAGAAGAUCCCUCACAAAAGCCUCUUGUACUUUGGCUUAACGGAGGACCUGGUUGCUCGUCCAUUGCCUUUGGAGCAGCACGAGAGAUUGGUCCAUUUCUUGUCCAAGACAAAGAACGCGUCAAACUUAACAAAUUCUCUUGGAACAGAGUUGCAAACAUCAUAUUCUUGGAGGCACCGAUUGGUGUCGGGUUUUCUUACACUAACAAUUCCAAAGAUUUACAUGAACUUGGGGAUCGAGUUUCUGCCAUUGAUAACUAUGCCUUCUUGAUUGGUUGGUUCAAAAGGUUCCCUAACUUCAGAUCCCACGACUUUUAUAUUACAGGAGAGAGCUAUGCAGGGCAUUAUGUUCCACAGCUCGCCGACCUUAUCUAUGAAGGAAACAAAGAUACCAAAAAAGGCUCUUACAUAAAUAUCAAGGGAUUCAUGGUGGGAAAUGCUGUGAUUAAUGAUAUUACAGAUAUAGUGGGUUUGGUUGAUUAUGCUUGGAGCCACGCCAUCAUCUCAAACCAAGUAUUUGCUGGGUUAACGAGAGAUUGUAAUUUUAGUAUAGAGAACCAAACAAGGAGUUGCGAUUUGCAAAUUGCUAAGUUACUGGGAGCUUACAGCGAUAUUGACAUAUACAGCAUUUACUCGCCCAUUUGCCUCUAUGACUACCAAAGACCACUUUCAGCCAAACUUGUCGUUGCUCCCCAUCUUCUUACACGUCAUGACCUGUGGCGUACACUACCAUCAGGAUACGAUCCCUGUGCAGAAGAUCUUGUAGGCAAAUAUUUCAAUAAUAAGGAUGUUCAGAAGGCCCUCCAUGCAAACAUCACCAACUUGUCGUACCCCUAUAGCCUUUGCAGUUCGGUAAUUGAGAAAUGGAAUGACUCGCCAAAGACAAUUCUGCCAGUUAUUCAGAAGCUCCUACGUGCCGGUUUACGCAUUUGGAUAUACAGUGGGGAUGCGGAUGGUCGAGUUCCAGUGACAUCAACAAGAUACAGCAUAGAGAAGAUGAGACUGAAAGUAAAGAAAGAGUGGAGAGCUUGGUUUGUGAAGAGUCAAGUGGCAGGGUGGACGGAGGAGUACGAGGGUGGCCUCACCUUUGCUACCAUUAGAGGUGCUGGCCACCAGGUUCCUGUCUUUGCACCAGAGCAAGCUCUUUCUCUUUUCACACAUUUCCUCUCUUCUCAAACCCUCCCAUCUUCUCGCUUCUAGAAAAUAAAAAUUGGUCCAAACUAUGGACAAGUGAUGAUGAUCUUCUAGGACCAUCUUAUAAUCUCUU